CUUGCUUCAGGGCCGCGAUAGCGCUCACUGACUUCUUCUUCUUCUCCCUUUCCCUCCUUCUCAUCUCGCUCCCUUGAUCCACAUCGCAAUGUCCUCCUGGCAGCCACCAAGCGAUGCCCACUCCCUUCAUCCCUCUCAGCUGGGGGAGCAGGGCCUCCACCCCACCUUCACCCAUUACCCUUCUCGUCGCUCCCAGGUAAUGUCCAUCAAGGGUAUCGCAGCUUCAGCUCAACCCUUGGCCUCGCAGUCAGGCGUUCGCAUCCUCGACCAGGGCGGUAACGCAGCCGACGCCGCAGUCGCGAUGGCUGCCGCGCUCAAUGUGACCGAGCCAUGCAGCACCGGCAUCGGCGGUGAUGCCUUCUGUCUCUACUAUGAUGCCAAGACCAAGGGGAUUCGAGCUUUCAAUGGCUCAGGGCGUACGCCGAAAGCCAUGACGUUGGACAAACUACGUGCAGCAGGUAUCGAGGGACAGAACAUCCCUUUGCUCAGCAUUCAUGCUGCGACGGUGCCCGGAGCACCGGCGUUGUGGGUCGACGCGGUUGAGAAGCUGGGCAGUGGCAAGGUGGACCUGAAGCAGGUCCUCGCCCCUGCGAUUGACCUGGCAGAGAAUGGCUACCCAGUGCACGAGAUUGUUUCCCACGCUUGGCAGCGUCAGGAGGGCCAAAUCCGCGAUGCCAGCCCUUCGGGUGGGGAGAUGCUGCUAGACGGCAAAGCUCCUCUCCCAGGCGAGGUAAUGAGCAUGCCCCACCUUGCCCAGACUUUCCGCGACUUGGCUGCAAAGGGAAAGGAUGGCUUCUACAAGGGGCGCGUAGCAGAGGCCAUUGUGGAGCUGCACAAGAGCAAGGGAGGCUUUAUGACGAUGGAGGACCUCGAGGAGCACGGCAGAGUGGGAUCCGAGGAGGUCAAGCCCAUCUCGUACACGUACACCUCUGGCACCAAGAAAGACACGGGAGGUGUGACGCUGCAUGAGUGCCCGCCCAAUGGACAAGGCUUGACAGCGCUUAUCGCCCUAGGCAUACUGGACUCCCUACAGGAGUCCGGCACAAUCCCACCCUUGUCAACAGUGGACCACAACAGUGCCGAGUACCUGCACCCGAUCAUCGAGGCUUUGCGCUUGGCUUUUGCGGACACAAUGUGGUACGUUGCGGAUGAACAGCAUGUCCACGUUCCCGUCAAGGAGUUGUUGAGUAAGGAGUACCUAGCCAAGAGAGCGAAGAUCUUCGACCCAAAGAAGGCCAGCGAGAUUGAGCGGGGGCACCCGACAAGCAGUAGUGAUACCGUCUAUUUCUCUGUGGUCGAUAAAGAGGGAAACGCAUGUAGCUUCAUCAACUCGAAUUACGCGGGCUUCGGAACAUGCGCUGUACCCAGGGGCUGCGGCUUCACGCUGCAGAACAGAGGAGCUGGCUUCAUCCUGUCCGAGGGCCAUCCAAAUUGCGUUGCCCCCUCAAAGCGCCCAUACCACACGAUCAUUCCCGCUCUGACAACCUGGGCAUCCACCGGCGACCUCCACCUCUCUUACGGCGUAAUGGGCGGCUGGAAUCAACCACAAGGCCAGCUUCAAGUCCUCCUGAACGUACUCCGCGGUUACAACGUCCAAUCAGCGCUCGAUGCGCCGCGCAUCUGUAUCGGCCCGGGCAUGCCUGAUAAUGAGAAGAAGAAGGACUUUGGUGGGCCAGAGGGGAAGGGCGAGAAGACGACUGUCAGUCUCGAGGAGGGAAUUGAUGCAAAGGUCGUCGAGACGCUCAGGGGGAUGGGUCAUGAUGUUGAUCUAGUGACAGGGUGGGGACGCGGUGUCUUCGGGAGGGGUCAGGUAAUCCAGAGGAUGUACCCACAGCCAGGGAAGAAGGACGGAAGGCAUGCUUGGGUUGCAGGGAGUGACUUGAGGGCAGAUGGGGCAGCCAUCCCGCAGGUGUGAGCAUGGCGAAAGAGGAGAUGAAUAUCACGCUACGAUACAGUGAAAAUGUCGUUGACGAUUAAAGUACGCCUAUGAUGCUGGGCCAGCGUGCUGCCUGCCUAUGAGUCCUCUACAUCAACGGCCCUCAUUCUCCAUUAGAUGUAUCGCUCCCGCUAUCACUACUGCUAUCCUCGCC